AUGACGCCCUCGACGCUGGACCUGCUGGUCCUGACGUUUAACUGCGCUGCAAAGCUCAUCAACGUGCCUGUUUUCGCGGGCCAUUUGCAGACUGCGCUGGCGCGGAAUGCCGCGGAACUGCCAGAGGUGGUUGUCCUGUCGUUACAAGAGAUUGCUCCCCUGAGCUAUGCUUUCGUUGGGGAUUACUUUCUGAAGCCAUACGUGGAACGGUAUGAAGAGGCUCUCAACCUCGCAGCUUCACUGCACUCACAAAAUGGAGAGAAUAAUGGCAUCUCAGCCGCCGCUGCUGCUUCUACUCCUGCAUCACAAUCGCAAUCACAACCACAAAAUGGGGGAAACCACUUCACGCUCAUCAGAACCCUCAACGUGGGAUACACUGCCAUAAUGCUCUUCGCCAGGGAUCCGACCCGGCUCAAGGACGUCCAGGAGGCCGAGGUGGGAUUCGGUGCUGCCGAGAUGGGCAACAAGGGGGCUGUUGGUCUGAGGGCGCUGUACGAGGUCGGUGGAGAGUCGACGGAGCUGACAUUUGUGGCGACGCACCUGGCAGCCAUGGAGUGGAAUCUCCCGCGGCGCAAUGCCAACUGGGGGGCCAUCAUGCGAGGGUUGACAUUUGAGAACCCGGAAGAGGUGCUGACCAAGAUGAGGAGAGACGCCGAGUCGAGGAGCCAGAGCCUGUCAUCCGAGGAGGGUGAUGCUUCAGAACAGGCCCGUUUGCUGCGUGAGGAGCACCACGAGCAGGACCUCCGGCUGCAGCAGCAGUUUCACAACCUUUCCGUCUUCAAGCCUUCGUCUCACCUGUUUGUUGCCGGAGACCUCAACUACCGCAUCUCCACCACGUCUCCGACGCCCUACUCUGCGUUCCCGAACCUGGACCCGGGAUCGGAAAACUACUACACAAAGUUCCUGCAUCUCGAUCAACUCACUCGGGAGCGUCUGGCCGGCCGGACACUCCAUGGCAUGUCGGAGUAUCCUGUGAAGUUCCCGCCAACAUACAAGUACGUCGUGGACUCAAAGACGCCUCCUCCCGGCAGCGCCGGCAGCUCCGUCGACGAAGUGAAAUGGGAGUUUGCCUCGCACCGGUACCCCGGCUGGACAGACCGCAUCCUGUACCUCGAGCUCCCGUCGUGGGUCGAUGCAAAGAUGAAUGUCCGCGAAUACGACGCUCUGCCCGUCAUCCGGACCAGCGACCACCGCCCCGUCUUCCUCCGCGUCGACGUGCCCCUCAUCUCCCCCGGCGAUCUCGCACCCCCUGCCGCGGUCCGUGAGUCCGUUGCCGGAUCCGCCUCACCCGGGGGAAGCGGCGUGGAUCCGCGAGUGCGGUUGCCUGUGGAAAUCGACCCGGAGGCCUGGGAUCGCCGAGUGGCUGCGCGGCGGCGCGAGAUUGCGGCCGGGUGGACCAUGUUUCUGGGGAGCACGAGGCAAGGGGCGUAUAUUCUGGCUUCGUUGCUGGCCACAGGCGCGGGCGGAUACUGGCUAUAUCGUGCUGCGUACAUGUGA